AGGGGAGGGGUCUCUUCCUGACUCUUCACUCACAUUAUUGGCUCACAACAAAGCGGGGGGGCUACCCUCACCUGUACCUGCGCAAAGGUGUGCCACUCAUAGUCAUCGUCCGACUCCGAAUCACCUGGAGACACUUUCCCGUCCUCCAGCAGGAAUAGGUAGAAGUCGGCCAGGGCGGCUGGAAGCUGACCGAGGGACUGCAACAAGACGCCGAGCAUGGAGUCGAUCACGGCCUGGAGCGAGGAGACGGUCUGCCAGUGGCUCCAAGGUCUAGACGCACCCUUGCAUCGGUAUGCCGUCUCGGAGUGGCAUCUCUCCGGGAUGGAGCUGCUCCAGUUGACCGCCGAGGACCUGGAGAGGCUGGGGGUCACCAAGAUCGGCCACCAGGAGUUGAUCCUCGAGGCCGUGGAGAAGCUCUGUUCUCUGACGUACGGCAUGGGCGGCGAGAACCUCAAAGGUUUGACGGAGAAGCUGCGCGCCCUUGCCCACACCCUCCAGAUGGGCAUCCAAGGCCGCUGGCGCCACAACAGCUACGACGGGCAGAGCACCACCAGGCUGCCCACCAAUGUUCUGCAUGUCGUGGUGGACCUCAUCUCCUCUGCCAAAGGACUCUUCUCCUUACUGAACAGGUAUCAGUUCUCCCAGCUGAGCGGACACACCACCAGCAAGAAAGUAUUCAGCCACUGCAAAGAACUCGGGGAGAUUGUGCAAAAGAAAAACACAUCCGUCUAUGAGAAAGAGAAGGACAUCAUCUCUGUGUGUCGUCAGUUGGUGGUGGUAUGCGACGAGAUCUUGAGCUGCAGCUCGGAGACUCUCCUCACCAACACUGCUCAGCUGGAGAGCGUCGACCUUGUACCCGUGUCACCAGGAGAACAUCUGGGUAUUGAGAUAACAUCUAUUGGCUCCAGCAACCACUAUGUGACCGGAACUGCAACAGAGCCAUCAAGCGAUGUUGCAAAGAUCCUGGCUGGAGAUGAAGUGAUCAAAGUCAACAACCAGAUUGUGGUGGGCUGGAGCAGGGCUAACCUUGUGAAGAAGCUACGAGAGAAUCCAAGUGGGGUCUCUCUGGUCCUAAAGAAGUCUUCCGGGUCUCUGAGCCGCAGGGGUCCAGUCCAGCGGAUCUCCACUACGCAGGACGAAGAGGAAUAUAAGGAGGAGAGUUCAGAGGAAGAGGAAGAAGAGGAGGAAGAAGACAAUCCCCGGCACUCCAUAUUCGAGCGGGUAGCAGCUUCUGUCAGGUCUCUAUCUUUCAGGAGAGCCGUUCAAGGUCCAGAAGUGACUGACCAGCCUAUGGGACAGGAGGAGUCCGAGCUGUCUGCCGACAAGGAGCUUGAAGGGAGGCUCACUCCAGACCAGCAAGACGAUCCAUCAGCCUCAGGCGUGUUUGAUAGUUUUGUUGGUCCGAGUAUUUCUCCGAGGCUAAACAGAAGUAGAGACCGCACGCCAUCGCCUGGAAGCAUUUCACCCUACGGAUUUUUGGAAAAUUCUUCAUCCCAGGAGUUACGCCAAGAAAGAGCUAGUGUCUGUUCCUGUCCUGAAAUGGUGGGACACACGGGAAAUAAAGACACAAAGAAGAGUUCUAAGAAAGGGAUGUCCACAGCCCUCAGUCGACGUCGGGUUUCUUGUCGUGAGCUGGUACUCCCUGACUGCGAUGGCUGGCUGUGGAAGAAGAGAAAGGAGAGUAGUGUCUUCAUCGCCCAGAAGUGGCAACGCUUCUGGUUUGUCCUGAAGGGGCCGUCCAUUUACUGGUACAACAGCCAACAGGACGAGAAGGCAGAGGGUUUGGUCAACAUAGCCAGUUACAACAUAGAGAGCGCUGGCGAGCACAAGAGAAAAUAUGUGUUUAAAAUGUGCCACCAACGAUUUCACAACUUCUUCUUUGCCGCGGACAACGUCAGCGAGAUGAGCAAGUGGAUUAACUCUCUCAUCACAGCCAUACAUAAGCACAAGAAGCUUAGCCCAGGUCCAGACAGUGAAGAAGAGUGCUACAGUGAGACUGAAUCGGAGACAGAGAGCUCCCCAUCACCCCGAAGAAGAAAUAAGAAAGUGCAGUCCAGCACUCUGCCUCGCCCCAAACGCAAAACCAACAAGGUGCCAUUGUCAAGUCUUGCAACAGGGAGCAGCAAAGGGUCAGUGGCUCCUGAAGACGAAAUGGGCAAGAUGUUGAACAACAUCAAGGAAGGAGGAGUUUCUCUGAUGGGCCACGAGCAGCCGUUUACACACGACCACUUCAGGAGGUCAUUUAUUCGACGCAACAAGAACCCUAUCAUCAACGAGAAAGCACACACUCUCCGCGCGCUGCAGAGCACCCUUAAGGCCAAAGAAGCAGAAUUGCAACAGCUCAACAAAAUUCUGGAAGGUUCUGCCUUGACGGCCUCAAAGUACCGACAGUGGAAGGAGCAGAACGAGGAGCUCGUUCAAGAAAUCGAGAGACUGGCUGCGCUCGGGGCCUCCAAAGUAGGAGACCACUCUCCUGUGCGGGACACGCCUGCUGAUGAGGUUGCCUUGGAAACGGUUGCCAAGGAAACACCCGACGUGGAGACAAAAGGCGCUUACAGACUGAGCCUCAGCGACGGAGAGCAGCUGGUUGACGCAGAGCCCUCUGAUGUUCUCCUGGAGGUCUCUCAGGGCUCUCUGGCAGCGGUGGCGAGCAGUCCCGAGUUGGAGCUCUCGCUGGGCUCGCUGCAGGAGUCUAUCAACAAACAGCUGAGCGAGAUGCGAGAGAGCGGAGAGGUGUCCGAAACCUACUUCUUCAUUUAAGGACUGGAAACAGACAUGGACUUACUGCACAGCUGCAGUAUUAGAGUAGACCACUAUGGGACAGAAGGAAGACCGGUUGAAAUCCCACACGUUUUAUUCACAUUUUACCUGUGAAAUAUUUCAUAGGAUUGUCCAUAAAAAAGCCCAAUUUUUAGACCUUAACUUGCUACAGCUCAAGUUUACACCAUGAACAAGUUGCCAAUCGUCAGUAUAAUAACUCCAGCAUGUCCAUCAUCCAUCCAUUUUCUACCGCUUGUCCCUUUCGGGGUCACGGGGGGUGCUGGAGCAUGUAUUUAAUUUUAUUCUAGGAAAAUAUGUAAUAUAGUAGAUCUCUCCCCCGCCCCCCCCCCCCCCCCCUCCCCAAUUAGUUACAGUACGUUCCAAGAACCCCAUGAAUGGCAAAAAAACCCAAAACAACACUAAUAAAUAAGAUGCCAUAAAAAUGCUUAUUUUUCUCUUGAGAUUCCGUUUUACACACAAAAAAAAUAAUUAUAGGAAUGCCAUAUUUACUUACAAAACAUUAAGUCCCUUCAUAGACAUAUUUAGGGAAUAUACUUGUAAGACAGUGCCCUCAACUGGAUUCAUUGUUAUAUAAUUAUUUUCCCCCUGCAGAUAGCGCCAUCAAAUCAAUCGCUAAAUAAAUAAAUACUUAUUUACAAUUUCGAGCAGAGAAUCUGCAGGGGAGCGAAUGAGUGAGGAUCUAUUGUAUAGGACAUAUCUUUUCAAAUGUGAUAUGUAAAUACUCUACAUGUGUUUUGUUUGUUAAUACAUGAUUAUUUUUUUGCACAGAAAAUGUACAUUUGUUUUAUAAAAAAAAAUCAUUUAAUUUUAUCCCUUAAAACAAACCUAUAUUUGUUUAUGAACCAUGCAAUGGUUAAGACAGAAAAUAUAUUCUUACGGUUUUGUAGCAUGAUUAAAUAUUUCUUGAAAAUGUAAAAAAUGUUUCUAUAAAAAAAUAAAGCGCUGACCUCAUUAUUACUGUAAGACUUACUGAAUAAUAAAAACAGAGCAUUAUGAUCAUGCAAAUUUGUCAUACUGUUUUAUAAAGGUUGUUAGCUAGGAUGAUAUAAUAAAGUGUGGGUUUUUUUAAGGAUAUUAUGCUAUUUAAUUAUUUAUUUAACUUAAUUUGUUUAUUUUUAUUGUUCAAAAUGUUUUAUUCUUUUUUUAGAGAUAGCUUAUAUAGUUAAACAAGGUUAAAAUGUGUGUUUGUUGAGUUUUACGAAUACAAAUAAAUAUAUCAAAUAUAAACGUACAUUUUAAAAGGGAUCUGACAUUUUUCAGAAUUUUUUUAAGUUAUGAAAAAUCUACAAUUCAACACAUACACAAUAUAAUGUAUCAUAUGUUUAUUUAUGUAUAGUCAUGUAUUUCAUAUUGUAAUUGUGUUAUUGGUUAGUUAUGUCGUUCAAAGCAAAUUAAACUGUUAAAAAGAUGAUUGAGUUAAUUUGGUGUAGUUGAUGAUUGCAUCAAACUUUUUUGGAGUUUUCAUCAAAUAUUUAGCAUCAUUUUAGGUAUAAAUUGCAAUCUAGGCUAAUUCAAUGUCAUAAUACGUUAUUGAUAAGUUUAAUAUAAUUGUGUUUUUUUUGUAAUUUGUUUUAGUUUCAUAAAAAAUGUGGGAUAUUUUUUACAUUUAGAUACUGUAUAAUGUGUCGCUAAUGUCUUUGCCAUAUAGUAUGUCCUGGCAGCGCUCGACAGUGUAAAUAUUAACGUUACCUUAUUGUAGGAGUAUAUAAAUGUUUACUGUUUUAGUCAGUUUAAACUGAGUCAUCCUGACUUUGUUUCUAACAUUUUCCUCUUGCUGUGUAGCUAAAUAAUAAAAGUAUUAAAAAAACACAGCAUUGCAACCGACAGUCAUUUAGCAUGCGUUAACUUUGAACAUUAUUGAAUUCAACUCACUUAGAGCUUUGUUGUUUUCACACAGAAAAUACAUUUUUACAGUAAGUCAGCCAAUCUCACACUUACCAACUGUUGUUGACACUUGUCCCUCAUGACCUAUUCAUUUUUGCAAGAAAGACGCUGGUGAUCCUGCUUGAAUAAUUCAAUGUCAUCAAGUUGAGAACAGCUCACGUCAUGUGCCUCAUUCUGCUAAUUAAGUGACUCACAGAAUAUUUCUAUAAAUAUCUCCUUUAACAGUACCAUUGCAAUCAAGCACAAAGUGACAGAUUGUUGAAAUGCAUUUUAUUUAA